CUGCUGUGUUUUGGUAGUACUGCUGCAAAGUAAAUGCACGGAUCGAAUUUAUGCAAAAGAAGUGAACGAACGGCAGAAACAAGCUUAUAAGAUGUUCGCUUUUCAACAGCAUCCAUUUUGGUUGUUUCAUUUAUUUGUUUAUGUUGUCUGCAAUGUUGUCAUGGUAAGAAGCAUAGAUUUUAACGCACCAGCACAAUGUGAACAAGGGAAUCUUCAUAGUUCACGCAAAUGGCACGGUGCAGGAAAUCGAUGUUAUUACAUAGGAGAUUCAUUCGGGUCUUAUACAACCAUGGAGAGGGCGAAACGUUUUUGUCGUUCUAGAGGAGCAGACCUAAUGUUGCCAGAUAGUGAACGGGAAUUUAAGUAUUUAGAAGGUUUGAUGGUUGGAAAUGGUUUUUGGUCAUCGUGGCUUAACAUGAAGAGAACACGUGGUGGAUGGAGAAACUUAAAAACAAAUAGAAAACUACAAUUCACUGCUUGGAAGUCAUUUACACGUGAAGGGACCAGUGAACCUACGAAAAAGUGUGCCGUGAUGUCCAUAAAAAGUGGGUUUGAAAUGAGAAAGCGAAAGUGGUUCCAAUAUGAUUGUAACUACACGUUUGGCAUUACGUUUAUUUGUGAGAAACCGGCCAUAGGUGCCGCAGCUAUCGUUGAUUAUUCUGAGAAGGCUAACUGCAGUGGGCAGGAGGAUUGGUAUGGUGUUGGGGAUACCUGUUAUUUCUACGACCCACUUCAAUCAAGGUCUGGAACUACAUUUGCCGAAGCAAGAGAAAAAUGCAAUGCCCUGGGUGCAGACGUAAUGUUUCCAAAUAGUGAGGAUGAACACAUCUUUUUGAUAUGGUACAUGGAGACACUUGAAAUAUGGCCGAAAAAGAUGUGGCUUGGAAUUAAGAGACCGGAUGAUGACGUGACAUGGGAGGAUUUGAGAAAGGACUUGAGCUUUCAAGCUUGGAAGGAUCAACAACGCAACCAAGGAGAUAAGUGUGCAUCCUUGGAAAUCAUAUAUGAACUGUGGACUAUUAGUAAGCAUUGGGUUUAUCAAGCCUGCUCCAGCAGAUUGAGAUACAUUUGCGAGAAACCUGCCAUGCUGACCUGAACAGGAACGUACUGAAGAUGUGUAAUUAUACAAACUGUAUGAGCCUGUAUGUAUUGAUGAAUAAAAAUAGUAGUAUGCUAAUAUAAUAUGUUAAGUUUGCACUACUCUUCUCCGUUUUACUCGAGACUAUCAUAUCGUGCGCGCCAUUAAAAAGAUAAAAAGAAAUGAUACAUUUUAGAGUUCAUAUGUAAUUUUCUUAUGCACAAUCAAGUAUUACGAAAUGUAUUGG